UGUACGGGCGGUCAUCGUUGAAGAUAUCCGUAUAAAUUAUUAAAUGAAGGUGCUAUAAGUGUUGAUUUUAUGAUAAAGCUGUAGGUUAUAAAUUGUUAAAUAAUGAUCUUGCUAGAGAUCAAUAAUAGAAUUAUAGAGGAAACACUAACAGUUAAAUAUAAAAAUGCACUGGCGCGUUUAAAGCCUGAAUCCAUAGAUGUGACACUAGCAGACUUUGAUGGAGUGCUUUUUCAUAUAUCCAAUGUAAAUGGGGAUAAAACCAAAGUUAGGGUUAGUAUAUCACUGAAGUUUUAUAAGCAGUUAGAAGAACAUGGGGCAGAUGAACUGCUUAAAAGGGUAUACGGACCCCUGCUCACUGAACCGGAGUCUGGUUACAAUGUAUCAGUACUGCUGGAUAUGGAGACCAUCCCAGACGACUGGGAGGCGACUGUCAAGAAGGUGGGACUCCUUAAGAGGAAUUGCUUCGCGUCGGUGUUCGAGCGAUACUUCCGACUGCAGGAGGACGGCGAUGUGGGCCACAAGCGAGCGGUCAUUAACUACCGGCAAGAUGAGACUUUAUACGUAGAAGCGCAGGAGGACCGAGUGACAGUGGUGUUCUCAACAGUGUUCCGUCACGAGGACGACGUUGUGAUCGGCAAGGUGUUCAUGCAAGAGCUUAAGGAGGGCCGGAGAGCAUCCCACACCGCACCUCAGGUUUUGUUCUCACACAAAGAGCCGCCCUUAGAACUGUUGGACACUGACGCCAAAGUAGGUGAAAAUAUCAGUUACGUCACAUUCGUGCUGUUCCCGCGGCACACGUGUGCGGCGGCGCGCGACAACACCAUCGACUUACUGCACAUGUUCCGCGACUACCUCCAUUAUCACAUCAAGUGUUCUAAGGUAUACGUGCACUCACGCAUGCGCGCAAAGGCGGGCGACCUGCUGAAGGUGUUAAACCGUGCGCGCCCGCAGCCCACUACCAGACCCACCGAGCGGAAGACAAUCACCGGAAGAACGUUUGUGAGGCGAGAUUGAGUGUUGCGUGUCGGCGAAACGUAGACGCCGAACAUCGCUCCCCACACCGAUACCCCUCGACUGCACUCCGACCGUCGCCGCUACACCACUCCAUACAACUUACCACUUAAUAGAUACCACUCGCUACAGUACGCGUCAUGAAAGUUGAAAUGUGCAAAAGCGUAAUGUUCACCGCCAAGGAAGCUGCUUAGCUUCAUUGGCUGUGAAUAUUGGCUCCAACUUCGUUUAGUUUAGCUUGCAUCGCAACGAGCGAUGGGUCCAUAGUUAAAUCGAUUUAUUAACUAAAGUACGCAAUCAAGAAAUCAAUCAAUCCAAAUCUCGUAUCCAUUUCGUACUCUAUUCUAUCGGUAAGGAUGGCUAUAAUAACUUCAUUGUUUGAUCUGAAGAUAUUGCAAUAGAUUGUUUAUUAACUUUUGGCGUUAAUGGAUUUGAUAAGCAAUAGGUCGAUAGUUGCUUCGAUUUCUUCACUAUCCUAUCAUACUCUUAUACCGACAGAAGUUUGUGAUUGGCGACCGCUCUGAGUACAGGAUUUGCCUGUACGAGUCGAUGCGCUUCAAGACUGCGCUCGUAUAAACUUUCAUGACGAGAACUGUAGCUACCAUUAAUUACUUACCACCUACCGCCGUGUUCAUAACCGGACUUCAGUGACAGUAUGUAUCAUAUUUAUUAAGUUUAAGUUCAUGUUCCAAAUAAAUAUAUAAGCGGCGGUUAUUGUAUACGUUUUGAAUGUUGAAAUUGUAGCGGUUACUGCGCAGGGUUUUGUUAUGCGUCUGCACAUGUGACCUUGAAUUCAGUCUCAACAUUCGUGAUGUGAUAUAUGGAGAUUUUUUCCGAGUGGACACUUCCUCAGUAAAAACUCCGACAAUGUGCGUAUUUCCUUAAAUCACCGUGUAAGUAAAUGUAUACAGUAUGCAUUGCACACUUCGUUUUUAAUUUAUUGUAUCCACAUAACAGUUGAAACGUCGAAAUGUGAGCUUUGUGAUUUUGUAAGUGAGAAAUAGCAUGGUCUCUUUCUAUUGGAGUGAUAAGAUGGUUCAGAAUAACUCGGACGGUGUUCGAAAGAGAUUGUUCGGUAAGUCUUAGCAUUGUCAUAUCAGGAAUGGGAUCUAAUAAUGAGUAUAAUCAACACAGAUCAAUGAGUUGUGAAGUUAAGGUGGCAAUGGUUGGGUGCUUUGAUUGAAAGACCAAUGGACGUGUGCUCCUAAGGUGCUACAAUGGCAAAGCUGCCACUGAACUAAAAAUCACAGUGUCCAUAGUCCGGAGGCCUCUGCAAGUAAAUUGAUACACAUCAAAAAGUAGCUAAAUACAAAACCGUAGACUGCAGAUGUCCCUUUUUAGUCUGUACGCAGCAGUAGCAUAUCUAAAUGACAAUUAAGACGAUAGGGCGAUAAAGAAUAGUAGCAUCCACUUUUGGUUAAACUCAUUACAGACAUGUGUUAUGAGAACAUAGUGAGUUUACUGGCAGGACAACGAGUGAGUCCUGUAUAGGGACUUUGUUGUCACCCUCUACUCGCAAAGUAGUCCGACUUUGCUUGCGCACUGGUACUGUCAAUGAGUAUACAAACAAAUUUACUCACUAUACUCUCAUUAUACAUAACGUUCAGUCCUCUUUACUCAUAGGGAGAAAUAAAAUGUAGAGACUCCGCUAUUGUGAUACGGUAAAGAACUCGCGUCGCUUAGUCUGACAAUUGUUAAAGAGGCGUUAGUUAUAAUGACCGGAACCGACAGCUUUAAGUGCUUUCAGGGUCUAUCGAAACACACCUAUCCCUUAUCGUAACUAACCCAUCCAUUGCAAUCGAUUUAUAAAGCUGGCUUAACCAAUCCACUCUAUCUUCUUUUUUACACAAAAGCGCACAGCUCAUUACGACAGUUCAAUAAGCACUUGUCACAGAGAAAUUAUCCCAUUUUUGUCUUUCGUUGCCAUCUCGCGGGAAAAUGAAUUGCCAAAUAUUAUGCUCAAUAUUCGGUGUAAAUAACCAUAUGAUUGCCGGAACAUAGUGCACAUUGUGACCAUGUUAAAUACUAUAUUUAUUACAAUUGAUAUAUAAUAAAACCUAAGAUAUACAGUUGGCUUGAAUUGAAAGUGCCCAUUAUUUUUACUCGUACAUUUACAAACACAAGAUCAAGACGUUAUCGGCUUUACCAAAACUAAAUAACUAGGCCCCUAUUGGUGCGAUGUCUUGUUUCAUCUUUUUGCAUAAAAACUGAUCAGUGAGGUAAAAAUUGUAAAUAUAGGAACUCAUCCCUCAUCCCCCAUCUUGAUUGCACCAAUCAAUAUGAGGGUGUCCCUACAAAAUGCAUAUAUAACGCCAAGUCUAUUAAACAUUAUCCUUCUCGUAUUUUUAAACUUUUCGAGUAUGUAAUUUGAUCUUCCUAGCGAAAACUUGUUGCAUCCAAUGUACAUAAUAUAAUGUACUACUUUAAAAUAAGGCUUAAGACAUUUUACUCUAAAGAUAAAGUAUCAAAAGUCACAAAACCUUUGAAAAUCGUCGAGAUAAAGAGAAAUAUGUUGAGAAAUGUCGGGACACACGCUGAGACUGUGUAUCUUUGGUUUUGUGUGUCAAUAAUUUAAUUAUUAUUAACGAUUCUCCAUGCCUAACAUAGAUGAAAUCAAAUAAAUAAUGUUGCUGUAGUACUUGUUGAUAACAAAAUUAUGCUUUAUUAUAAAAAAAUAUAUCUAGUUCUAUUUAUAGUGGAGGCAUUGCAGUCGUGACUCGGGUUCCUAAUUACCGUGCUCUGCCCUGACAAGGCAUCUGUUACAUUAUCAUACACAUCGUCACAUCUAAACAUUGUCGUACACAUUGUCGUAUACAUUAGGCCUGGUUAUUUUCGAAAUUGGAAGUAAGGUUAAUUCGUAAGAUCGGAGGUAGGCAAUUCUAAACUAUAAAGUUGGAAAGUUUAGGUUCAUUUUACUCUAACUUUGAUGACGUCAAAUCAUAUUUUCAAGAUAUGCCAAUAUUUCACCAUGGUAUUACUUAUACCUUGAGUUGUUAGGUCCAUAAAAACUGAGCAUUAAUCAACCUUUACCUUUAGUGUGAGAUGCUAGUUCGCGAGUCACGCUCUCAAUCGAGUUGAAUUCGAGCAUCUUAACUCUAUAAUCCGAGUAAAAUGAACCUCACCAUCGUUUUUUAAGCUUACCCGGCUUGAAAGUCUGUUACGAUCAGUAUUUAAGGAAAACCAUUCAACAGGUCCUAGAAUUGCGAAAUUCUCGAAAUCUUCUAGAAUCAAAAUAAAGGUAACAUUUAAAUCUUUAUUUUCACUUUCCAAUACUUUUGUUUGAAUAUCACUGCCAUACAUCUGUAGUAUAAGUAAGGAUAAGUGAUAGCGACAGAGCAUUUCGAUCGCCUUUUCAAAAAGUUACAGUGCAGACAUAAAGGCAAACAAUCUCACGCAGACCGAGUUGCAAGUAAGCACAAUCCGUCUGUGUCGAUUUCCAUGCAGUUUUCUUUUUAGGGUUUUUUAUUUACAUUUUUGUCAUUGCUCGACCACUGUUACACUAAUUUAUUACCAGACUUGGGG